AUGUUAGGCAAUGUUUUGCUUAUCAUUCUAUUAUUAUUUGUCACUUUGAAUUUGAGUAAAGAUAACAUCUUUUUUCCAUAUAUAUUAGAGGAUAAUACUUAUGUAGAAAAAAGAUCUACAAAUUUUAAUUAUGAAAAUCAAUUCAAAUAUUACAUUAAUAAUGAAACAGUUAGUAAAUUUGUUCAAGAUACAUUUAAUGAUUUAGAAACUUAUACAUGUAUUAAAUUUAAAAAAGAAAACACUAUAUUUUCCAAAAAUGGUGGAUUUAUAUUUAAUGGUAAAACUGGUGAUAUGGAAGAUACAAAUAUAAAAAAUAAUCCAAUUGAUUUUAAAGUUCCAUAUAAUUGUAUGAAUCAUGAAGGGUGUUAUAGAAGACAAAUAUUUCAUUUUCUAAGUUCUCGAUAUUCAAGAAAAAUAUCUAAUUAUAGUAGUUUAAAAGAAAAACAUCAAUUGAAAAGUAUUAAUAGUAGAUUUGACUUUGGAUCAAUAUUGUUCAUAAAGUGUGACUUACAAAUUAAUGAUCCACUAGAACAAUAUUAUCAUAAAAUGUGUGGAUUUAAAAAUGAAUUUAGUUUCAAUGAUUAUAAAUUGUUAAAUUCACUUUAUUGUCAAAAUGAAUGCACAUACACCUGUAUUCCAUGUCAAAAUGGUGGAUAUCAAAAUCCAAAGUUUUGUGAUUCAUGUAUAUGCCCACCUGGUUACAAAGGUAAAUAUUGUGAAGAUAUUAACGUUUCUGACACAGGUUGUCCAAAGUAUAAUCCAUUAGCAACAAAAAAAAAACAAACAAUAAGUGUUUGUGGUAAACAAGACUGUAUAUUUUUAUUACAAGCACCAAGAGGAUACAAAAUUAUAACUGAAAUAGAAUAUACAACAUCUAAAUAUGUUAUUCCAUGUCGUAUAGGUGAUAAUAUUAAUUUCAAAUAUCAUGAUGAUAAAGGAAAAUCUGGUAUUAGCUUUUGUGGAUUUUAUGAAAAUAUUACACUACCAGGUUACAGUAACGAACUUUUAGUAUCAUAUAAAGGUACAAAAAAUGCAAUUGCUUUAUCGUUUUCAUAUUACACAGUAUUUGAUGAUACUGAAUGUUAA